AUGAGCGAAUUCCAGAGCGUCGUCUCUCGUACCGUCACCAAGAACAAGAAGGCUCACAACGCCGGCCUCGCGGCCCUUGUCGACACCAAGGCGCCAGUCGAUGGCAUGCUGUCUGGAGUUAUCGACCUCAACAAGCUCACCGUGGAUCAAGGCCUUGGUCUUCUUCGCGGUCCCAAGGUUUCUGUUGUCCUGGGUGGCAAGAUGGUCCACCCUAAUGUCCCCGUCCGUGCCUUCAUUGCUACCUCGAACAAGGCGAACGAUUACUUCCGCCAUAUGCCUCAGCGCAAGCAGGUCAAUCUUCCCGCUGGAUGCGCGACUGCGGAAGCCUUGAAGCAUGUACUCAAUUCUACCACGACCAACAAGGCUAUCGGCAACGCUGAGCCGCUUCGCAUCAAGGGCGGACAGUCUUUCCUGGACAACGUCCAGGUCUAUGCCGCUGGUGUUGCCUUGGGCAUGUCGGCCCACGUCGAUCAUGUUGCCCGCUUCCUUCGAGUCGCCAUCUCCAACGAGCUGGUUUCAUAUGAGAACCUCACAGCCAUGGUGACCUCGCUCGGCACGUCUGAUCCCAUAUUCCAGUACCUCGCGAACGACCUCGCUCGCCGUCGUUUCCAGCGCGCCAUUGGGACCGCUCAGGAUGAGAUUGAGUUCGCCCGCUAUCUCAAUCAGCAUCAGAACCUGAAGCAGGCCAUGGCCGACAUCGAUCAAAAGCACGCCAACGCCCGCAAGAACGCCGAGUGCAUGGCCACCCGUGCUAAAGAGCGUGAGCAGUACGAGCAGGAGAAGAAGGCGGACUUAGAGUAUCAUGCUCGCGUUCGUGCCCUCACCAAGAAGCUCAACCAAACCAAGGGUGGCGUCGUCUCUCUUACUCACGAGGAGGGCGAGCUGCGUCGCGAACUUGGGAUCUAA